GAGUACUGUGCUGCGGAACUCUCCUUCGAGUCCGAUAGACUCCCAGCCAUAUCUGGUCUAGCGAGGCUCAUUGCAGCAAAUCCAGACAUGAAGUGCGCAUACUAUGCUGGCAUCUGGGAAAAGUGGCAGAUAGACGAUCUGCUGUGGUGCAUCAAAGAGCCUCUUGCGUACGAUACGGAAGCUGUCGGCCCCCCCAACGGCCAUCGAGCACCUAUUGCUUUCUCGUGGGCUUCAAUUGGAGGACCGUGCAGGAUAUGUUGGCCAUUGAGCGAGUACCAGCUCACAGUGAAACCGAGGAAGAUCCUAUACAGUGCCCAAGCGGUUGGGCGUUGUGUCCCUUUUCGACCUGCAGCAUUUACGACGGCUGACUGGAAAAGUGACGGACAAUUUGGACGCAUAGUCUCAGCAUCAUUCACUCUCUCAUGUUUGCUUUGCUCGUUAUCUCAGACCGAGGUAGAUGAGUGGAGUGAGCGCGGGCGACAAGGAGAUCUGUAUAAGAUUAAAGAUCAUCAACAGGCGAGACGGGAGACGGGAAUCAAGUUAUUUCCGGACAAAGUAGAGAGCAAGCAUGUUUCAACUCACAGAGCAUCUCUUGCUCAUUUGGACCUGAUCGAACCAGAUCAAAGCUACCGUCACAACGAAGAUUUUAUCGUUGACUUUAGCCUGAUCCUAGCAGCGAGUGGCAAUGGUUCGCAGAGAAACACUACCUAUAGACGUUUGGGCACGUACUAUGAUACCUUCUACGAAGAAUCAUACGUUAAGACCUGGAGAGGCAUGUAUUAACACGCUAGUGUCACACUUAUCUGACCCAGGCAAAAAGCAUGGCUACUUUACUCAGAAUUGAGGAGGCUUUCUUGCGUGGAAGAAUACUUUUGGCCAAAUCUAACUCAGUUUGAACAUCA